UGUCCUCAUAUGCAUCAUAAACCGUAGCAAAAUACAAAAUUAUUCCCAAAGUUUCCAAAACCUCUGUAGUACUAUCAUUUUCCAAAAAAGAUCUCUCUGUCCGGACCUUCUUCACCAAAAGCUCCUGCUUUGCAUCCAGACACACAAACACGCACUCUCAUUUCUCACUUUUCUAUCAAUGGCAACCUUUGUGCUUCUUGUUUUUAUUCUACUUUUCACACCCCCUAUUCUUCAUUCUCAACAACUUCAAAAUUCAAAUAUGAACCCCUUGGAUCUCAAUGCUCUUCUUUCCAUAAAAAACUCUCUCACUGAAAUCUCACCAACUAACUCCUUCUUCUCCACCUGGAACCUCACCGCACCAAAUCCCUGCUCCUCUUUCUCCGGUGUCACAUGCUUCUUCAACAGAGUUUCCAUUCUCUCACUCGGCACCGACUCACUCCCACUCGCCGGUUCACUCCCCUCAUCUAUCUCCUCACUCACUGAGUUAACCCAACUAGUCCUCUCCCCCGGAAUUGUCACCGGUUCCAUCCCUCCUGAACUCGCUCAACUCACCAAACUCCGAGUCAUAUCCUUACCUAACAACCGCUUCACCGGCAUUAUACCUUCCGCAUUCUCUUCUCUCACAAAUCUCCACACACUCGACCUUAGUCACAACCAACUCGCCGGGUCAAUUCCACCGAGUCUCACCGAGUUACCGCAACUCAGAAUCCUAAUCCUCGCCUCAAAUUCCCUCACCGGCUACUUACCGGAAAAUAUUUCCUCGCCGUUACUUCAUUUGGACUUAAAGAACAACGAACUCACCGGACCGUUACCAACGUCAAUUCCGUCAUCUCUCCGUUAUUUCUCGUUAUCGCAAAACAGAAUGUGGGGUCCACUCACCAACGGACUAGAGUCGCUUUCAGAGUUAGAGUUUCUGGACCUCAGCAUGAACCAAUUCAUUGGGCCUAUUCCGGCCCAACUCUUCUUCAGGCCCACACUCUCUUCACUCUUCUUACAACGCAACAAUCUCUCUGGUGGGCUUCCACAGAGGCCCAAAGAUGGAGAACCGUCGAUUGGAUCAUUAUUAUACGGUGACGGAUCGAUAGUUGAUCUGAGUCAUAACUCAAUUAGCGGGGAACUAUCAACGGUAUUUGAUGGAGUUGAAAGCUUAUUUUUAAAUAAUAACCGUUUGAUGGGAAAAGUGCCUGAGGAGUACGUUAAGAGCGUGUAUAGCGGAAGCACCAGAACUUUAUACCUUCAGCAUAACUACUUCACGGGUAUACCGUUGGAAGAGGGAACUGUGAUGCCUGAUACGGCGUCGUUGUGCUUGUCGUAUAACUGCAUGAAACCGCCGGUGACGGUGAUGAAUUGUCCGGAAAAUGCUGGCGAAGAAUUGUCGAGACCAGCGGGGCAAUGUUCUGUGUUUAAAAAUGACGACAGUGGUUAAUUGGAUUGGUUAUGCAUUAUGCAUGGAGGUUAGAGUACACUUCAAUUUUAUAUAUAUAUUUUUUAAUUAUUGAUAAUGUAAGGUGUAUUUUGGUGUAGAAAAAAAUGUUCGGUGAUGAAAUGAAAGUAGUAAUAUUGUGAUGAAAUACUUAAAUUACCGUUUUUCCUU